AUGGGCGGGGCACCGGUCUGGGGUACGCCUUCCGUCCCCAUGUUCUCUCCGAUGGCAGGGGUUGGCUUCGUGCCCAUGUACCCCAUGGCUGGUGUGGUCGGCUCCGAGGGCUGGCCACGCCCGCUAGCGACACCCGAGCCGCCACCACCAGCGGCGGUCGAGACAAGCCCACCCUGGAAGAACCGUGAUGACCGCUCCGCGAACGCGACGAACGCCGCGCCGCCCUGGGCCACCAGGGGCACAGUCCCAACGGCGGCGGCGUCGACGCUCGGCGGCGCGUCCCUCCGGCGACAGGUAUCCCGACCACAUCUCGACGGGCAGGAAGCGGAGGCGCGGAAGCGGGCCCCGCGCGAGUGGCGGACGGACUUCUCGCUCAACUCAUCGGGGCUCUUGGGUGGCUGCUGGGCUCGCGCGCGAGAUCAAGGUCGUUCGGGGGGAUGGAGCCCGGUGGAGCUGCACCGGUACCUGCAGUACUCAGCUCGCGGCCGCCGAUGCACCUCGACUCCGUUCCGCGCGAUGGGCGACCGGGUGCUGACGAACUUCGACCUCACCCGGUUCGUGUGCGAGCCGCCGCUGCCGCACAUGCGCCUCUUCCACGCGCACUUCCCGUGGUACAUCGACGUCGAGGCGCAGAACCCGUCCGGGGUGACGCUCUACGAGCUCUUCUACGCGAUCUGCGAGUGCAUGGCGCGCCAGAUCGAGAACGCGGACUACUACAACGUCGAGAUGAACACCGAGUCCCGCGGCCGGGUCUCCGAGUCGUGGGGUGCGCGGUGUCGGACGGAGGAGGAGCGGCAGCAGGGCAUCCGGCGCGUCGACUUCCUCAUGGGCCGGGUCAUCAUGGAGGGCAUCCAGAAGGCGAAGGACGGCUUGUGGGAGAUCAAGACGAAGAAACUCCCGGGGUAG